CGAAGUGUACCGCCCAUAUCUGCUCGACCUUUGCCGUGCUCGUUUGCAGCAAGUAAACGGCAAACCCUAGGAAGACCCUUCUGCUAGCCUUUUUCCGUGGGAAUCGAACGAGGCGGCGUGGUGGCGAAGCGAUCACUGAUCGGACGCUACUUCCGUGGGUUUCUCGGCUCACGUUUUUGAUUCGCUGCCGAUCGAUUUGGCGUUUCUUGUUCUGUCGUUUCUUUGGAUUUGGAAUCUGUUUCGGGACUACUUUCCGCAGCUGAUUACGAGGAAGAGGUGGGAUGUGAAGGGAUGGAGGGAAACUUCGGAGGUGGCUGCGGUGGUGUCGGAGAUAAUGGAGGGCCAAGCGACGGCCGGCCGCCGAAUCCUUUUGCAGGACCGCAUCAGCAAUGCUUCACUGGGACACACCGCAAGGCUGCUCUUGUUCGUCACGAGUCGCUCCAGCUCUACAAUGGGGUCUGUUUCCCCGAGUUCUCUUAUGGAUAUUUUCAACUUAUUGAAGGCUUGCUGCUCUCCGUCAUGCAAUUAUAUCAUGGCCUAUGAGGGGACUUUUAGCUCCUUGGCCAGUGAGGUUGGGCAGCUGAAGGACAAAAGUUCCGAUGUCAAGAGAGAUGUCGAGGCAGCAACAAGGGAUGGCCAGACUCCCAGGAGCGAAGUGCUUGGGUGGCUAAGCUCCGUGCAAGACAUGGAAGGUGAAGCCGAGUCGAUAGAGAGAAAAUACAACCAAAAGAUCAAGUGUUUGUGUAGCUUCCCACUCAACGUUUGUUCUGCCUACCGUCUCAGAAACAGAGCUGAAGCAGCACUUGCCACAAUCAGAGAGCUCAAACAAAGUGCAGAGUUCACUAAGCUCGCAGAUAACCUGAAUCUUACCCGCUCCAUCAAGAUGCCAACCACCAAAACUAUCGGCAUGGAGAAGGUCUUCGAGGAGCUUCUAUGCCAUGCCAAAGAUGAUAGUUUGAGUGUGAUUGGCAUCCACGGAAUGGGUGGUGUGGGCAAGACAGCACUCUUGAGAAGAUUCAACAAUGAUUUCCCGAGUGAAACAGAGGCAGACGUGGUAAUCUUCCUUGAGCUAUCAAUAGACUAUAAGCUGGAGGAAGUCCAGAAAUCUUUAUUCGAACGACUGAGUUUGACAUGGCAGGAUGAGGUCACACACAGAGACAGAGCAACCAAAUUAUUUAGAGUCCUGAGUACGUUGAAAUUCAUAUUGUUAUUCGACAAUCUAUGGGAGCCCCUAAAUUAUCAGGUUGUUGGAAUUCCACUUCCUGCGCCUCCAUCGAAGUGCAAGAUCAUAUUCACAACCCGAACAGAAGACACUUGCAGCCACAUGGGCACAGAAAAGAUGAUUAAAAUGGAAUGCUUAGAAGAGGAGGCAGCCUGGAAUCUCUUCAGAAAUAGUGCAAGGAUGGAUGUCAUUGACGCCGACAAGAAUAUACUGAUCAAGGCUAGAGAUUUAGUCAAGGAAUGUGGCGGCCUGCCUGCAGCUCUCAUUGUGCUGGCACAAGCAAUGGCACCUAAAAAGACGUGGGAAGAGUGGAUACACGCCUUGACCAUCAUGAAGGACACACCACACCAACUUCCUGGUGAAGGGAUUAUUGAUAAUGCCGAUAAUAUAGGGGAUUCUACCAGGAAGACACAAUUUCUGCUUGGCAUACUACAUGCAGCAUCUUUAAUAGAAAGAGUUCAUGAUAACUACUUCAGGAUCCAUCCCAUGACCCGAGCCAUGAUAUUGUGGGUGCAACGUGAGUGCGGGAAGAAGGAGAACAAAUGGUUGGUGCCGGAUAGGGAUCGGGUCGAAGAAGCACCGGCAGCUGAGAAAUGGCGAGAUGCAGAGAGAAUUGCACUUGUGUGGAACCAAAUAAGAGACCUUCCAGAAGCACCUCAAUGUCCUAACAUGAUUUUUCUGAAUCUUCACGUUAACAAAUUUCUCAGGAAGAUUCCAAAUGGCUUCUUCUUGCACAUGCCUCACCUCAAAAUCCUUGAUUUGCAAGAAACUUCUAUAGAGGAGCUACCGGUAAGCAUUGGUAAUCUGAUGCAACUACACUUUCUCGAACUUUCCAGAACUAGGAUUACUUCUCUGCCAAAGGAGAUGGCAGCAUUAGUAAAUCUCAAAUAUUUGUCAUUGGAAUCCAUGAAAUAUUUGAGAACUAUUCCUGACCGACUAAUCUCCGGUCUUCGAGAAUUGCAGUGGCUUAACAUGGUGGACAGCUACAGUGGGUGGAGGGAAGGAGGUGUUAGUUUCGAAGAGCUGGAAAGCUUGAAGAGAUUAAAAGUCAUUGGGAUCACAGUCAGCACGCUUGCUGCUCUUCAAAACCUCUGUGACUCUCCAAGACUGGCAGCAGUCACACAUUGGCUCCAUAUUGAAGGGUGUCAAGAUUUGACGAUGUUCAACAUCCCAUCCACGGAUUUUCAUGCGGAAACUAUGCUCAGACUAAUUCGUAUCCAGCUUCACGCAAUGAGUGAGCUAGAAGAGGUAGUAAUUGGCAAUCGUCAGCCUAUUCUUCUACCUCUACAAGAGUUUCGACUUUCGAGUCUCCCAAAAGCAAAGCUCGUUUGGAGGGCUACGUUCCCUAAUGCUCUUCGUGAACUAAAAAUUGAGGAUUGCGGGGCAAUAGAUAGAUUGAUCAAAUUGGAGGGAGAGGCAAAUGGUGGCGGGGAGACAGUAAUAACAAUCUUUCCUGAUCUCCACACAAUGGUGCUACGGCGGCUUCCAGAAUUGAAGAGUUUGAGUGAUGGGGAACGAAUAUUAAAUUUCCCAUCGUUGAAGACUAUCAAGGUGGAAGAUUGCCCCAAACUGAUGAAGCUAACGUUGGUUGCUGAUGGGCUGAAAGAGAUCGAGUGUGAGAGAUCAUGGUGGGAGCAGCUCAAUUGGGGUGACGAACGAAGCAAGUCCUUUGAACACCUCUACAAUCCCAUGUAUAUAGAUUGAUGGCUAAUUCUUCACGGGUAUGUGAAGAAUGUAGGCAUUUUAUACAAAUAUUGUGAAAGUCUACUAUAUAUGAGUGUCCUGUAUUCGAGAGAUUGAUUAUGUAAUAAGGGGUAUUUGGUUGAUAGGUUUAGGA